CCAGAGAGAUACUAGCUAGCUAGCUACUCCUUUCUAGUAUCUCUGGUCAAACUACUCGACAGCUAGCUAAACAUUUAGCUAAGUAGCCUUUUAGCUGAGCCCUGGAAACAGAUGUGGCGAAUGCUACCACGGAAACAUGUCAAAGAAUAGGACUGCUGGAUACAAGGGUCCUUAUGGUUAUCAAAAAAGAAGAGAGGGGGAGGGAAGAAGUUGUGUGCGUUACAAAUGUGGCCUAACAAACACCAUUCAGGAUGUUUUGCGGCAAAGACCAGGCUGGAUGGAGGUCAAAGAUGAUGGAGAAUGGGAUUUUAACUGGUGUGAUGUUGGGUGGCUGAGGGAGAAUUUCGACCACUCCUACAUGGAAGAACACGUGAGGAUAUGCCAUUUUCGCAAUCAUUAUGAGCUAACGCGCAAGAACCUAAUGGUGAAAAACCUGAAGAGGUACCGCAAAACCCUUGAGAGGGAAGCUGGCCGCAUUGAAGCAGCCAAAUGUGACUUUUUCCCCCGAACCUUUGAACUGCCCAGUGAAUACCACCUCUUUGUGGAAGAGUUCAAACGGAGCCCGGGCAGCACUUGGAUCAUGAAACCGGUUGCAAGAUCUCAGGGGAAGGGCAUUUUUCUAUUUCAAAAACUAAAAGACAUCAUGGACUGGAAAAAGGAUGGGAGUCGCUCAGAGGAGCAGAGAGAUGAGACUCAAGUGGAGAGCUACGUUGCACAGCGCUACGUAGAAAAUCCCUACCUUAUCAGUGGGAGAAAAUUUGACUUGAGGGUUUAUGUGUUGGUUACAUCAUAUAUCCCACUGAAGGCAUGGUUAUAUCGAGAUGGCUUUGCCCGAUUCUCCAGCACUCGAUUCUCUCUCACCAGCAUUGAUGACCAGUAUGUCCAUCUCACCAAUGUGGCAGUGCAAAAAACAGCGCCAGAUUAUGACCCUGAAAAGGGCUGUAAGUGGCAGAUGCAGCAGCUUCGGCGAUACCUGACUGCGAGGCAUGGCACAGAGACCAUAGAGGCUCUGUUUAAGGACGUUGACAACAUAUUUGUUCGUAGCCUGCAGAGUGUGCAGAAAGUAAUCAUCAACGACAAACACUGCAUUGAGCUCUAUGGCUAUGACAUCCUGCUGGAUCAGGACCUCAAACCGUGGCUGAUAGAGGUGAACGCCUCUCCCUCUCUCACCGCCAGCAGCCAAGAGGACUACGAGAUGAAGUGUUGUCUGCUGGAGGACACCUUACACAUCGUGGACAUGGAGGGCAGGUUGACUGGCAGAGAGAAGAGGGUUGGUGGCUAUGACCUUAUGUGGAACGAUGGACCCGUCUACAGAGAAGAUGUCAACCUAGAGACACUGGGCAGCGCCUGUUUCACUGCAAACACACACCUCGGCUGUGUAAACGACAGGAAGAAGCAACUCCGUCAGCUUCUAAAACCAUUUCCAGGCCAGAAGAGGAUAUGACACACUACAAAAAAAUAUUUUCCAAUUCAAAUGAAGAAUUAAUCAUGUCUGUGUACACAGUAUACAUAUCACCACUCUUGAGUUUCCAUCAAUAUUUAAUAAAUAUGUAUUUUCUUACAACCCUACUCAUGGAUGGUGAGGUCACACUCACUCAAUGAUAUCGCUCAAUGAUUCAGUGCAAAGCAUAUUUAUUUCUAUGCCUUACAAACAACUGCAUUCAACAUUGAGAAAAUAUGUACCACAAUCUUUCUGCGUGCGUGUGAGAAUGUUUACAACAACUCUACUCCCUGAUCUAUGGCUUAGAUACUUUACAUUAAUAUUGAAUAAAUAAAGUGCAAUUUAACACAGCACGACUAUUACAUGUAUGUAGCGUUUCAAUUAAUAAAUUCCACAUGAUAAAGUACAAUAAAUGGAUAGAUGUUCUAAUGUAAACAAAUGAAAUAACUGUUAAAUUAUGCGAAAAAUAUACAUUCAGCUUUUUUGCUUAACAUUUCUCCUACCCAAAACUGUAAACAUAACAACAUCAAUGACAAAUGCGAAUCAAAAUGUGAUUAACACAAUAUCUAUCAUAAAUAGAACUAUGGUAUACAAAAUUUGGAAAAAUACGCAUUUACAUUUGUAGCAAACAUUAGACUGUCUCUCUUGAACAAAAAAGAGCUCAGCCCUAUGCAAAAUAUACUUGUAAUAGACAAUGUAAAUUAAAGUAUAUUCAAACAAGAGAAAGUCCUUACACAAGUAUACCUUGAAUAGAGUAUAUCAUUCAUAUCGAACUUGGAACCAAUAAACCAUUAUUCCAACAAUAUCACAAAGUGUGUCUCUCCGUAUUCAACAAUUGAACUCUUAAUAGACACAGAAACAUAUGAGGCACCAACAACAUGAUGGUCAAGCAACAAAUAAAAAAUAUAGUGAGAGAAUACAGGAAUAAAUACAUUCCAACACCAAAAACAGCUCCACUAGACCAAUGAUGAUGGCUAUUUUGAGUGAACCUCAGGCUCUGUGGAUCAGCCUACUUGCUGACUAAAUAAUUAAUGGUUGACUAAUAAUAGGCCUAUGUGUUGUCUACUUUUCAACAUCAAUAACCUGUACUGACAAAAAUGACUGUACAGUGCAAAGUGCCUUGAGCCAAAGUGUUCAGUUUGCCUAAAAGCCUUCAUUGAUUACAGUCUGAAAUAAACAUAUCUGGAAAAAAUAUUUACUCCACACAUUAGAUCCUAAUAUCAGAUAUCAUGGUCCAAGUUCCAUGUAAAGGCUUGCGUGUAUUGUCCAAACCAAAAUUGUUACAGUGCAAGAUUGUUACAGUACAACACGUUGGCCAUGUUUUUAUUCUUUGACCUAUUAAAGUAUCACUUGAAAUCAAUUCUACAUGAAAUAGAUUAUUAUAUAUUUUUUAUUUGACCUUUUGAAAGUUGCAAACAGCUAGCGUUGUGAUUUAAACAGCAGUAAAACAGUUACAGUGCCUUCAGAAAGUAUUCACACCCCUUGACAUUUUCCACAUUUUGUUGUGUUACA